AUGUCUCCCAAUGAGAUACUCACUUCUCUCUCUCAACUAGCUACAUGUGAUCUAUCAGACGCAAUGGUCAAAAUGGGUAUUCCUACCGGUGGUUUACUCCCUGACCUACAUUCUUAUUCGCCCGCUAUCGAUACAGGACGUCUCAUAGGUCAAGCUUUCACUGUCAAAAUGGUACCCACUGCCGAUCCUGGUCUCAAACCGACUGAACAUUUCGUCGAUGCUUGUCCAGAGGGAAGAGUGAUGGUACUCCUUCAACCGCCUGGAAUGAAAAACGCCAUUUGGGGAGGACUCAUGUCUACCGGCGCGAAGCAAAAAGGUGUGAAAGGGUUGAUCGUCAUUGGUGGUAUUAGAGAUCUGGCCGAGAAUAGGGAUUUGGGAUUUCCGGUGAAACAGAUAUGGGCAAAGUAUCAUUCCACUUUAGGAAGUGCAACUUUCACCCGGUCAUCUCAGUUGGACGUUCCACUCGAGAUCCCUUUCGAUGGAGAGAUAAGUACCAUUGUGAAGCCCGGUGAUUGGGUGGUGGGUGAUGAAGAUGGUGUGGUCAUCGUCCCACAAGAUAAGGCGGAGGAAGUGGUACUACGUGCUCAAAAAGGUAAAGAAGCGGAUGAGAAUAUAAGGGCCGAGUUGGAGAGAGGUGCAGGAAUGGGGGAAAGUAUAAAGAAGUUCCGAGGUUGA